CUUCAGUUGGUUUUUAGCUAUGCCUCCCUGACUUCCACCGACGAGUAUAAUUUUCUGGACAAAUGUAACUAAACGAUAAUUGGACUGAUAAUCCUAAUAACAAAUACAGGUGUACAUGUAUAAUACUGGUUCGUCAAUACGGUGUGUGUGUGUGACACAAAGUCCGUAAAACACUUGAACUCGGAGUUAAUAAUUUUCCACGGGCCGAUAGACAAUUGAACCGGAAACGUCGACGGCGAAACUCUUCGACUAGGUACAGUGACUACCAAUUAUAAGGUAGGUAAUAAUAUACCUAUACGCGUACGCGACAAUAGUAUAUAAUUUUGACAAUUAAAUGAAAUAAAUCGUAUUCGUGACGGCUGUGAUUAUUCGAAUUACGAUCGCGAUCGCCGCCGAUCGUCGUGAGCAUACUAUUUAAAUACGGCCGUUUGAGGCACAGUGACCGUAUACGGAAAAUGAAUCGGUUACAAGCAACUACUAUGGUACUAGUGGCAUCGGUGGCGGCCGUGGCGACGGAUGUGGCGACGUCCACUGGACGACAACUUGGACAGAUGCCGCCGCCGAGUUCAGAUUGGUUCCGUGGUUGCGGUGCGGCCGAGUGGCCACAGUGUGUGGCCCAAAACGUGGCCAGGACGUUUAAGCUGUUGGAACAAUCGGACAAAUUGCAAAUAGCCGACGGUGUACGCCUGGUCAAGACCACCACAACAACCGACAGAUCGGCCAACGACGGGAAUCAUACAUUCGACAUAAUCAACAGAAUGGUUUCAUUCAUCGAUAGUCAUUCAUUGCAAAUUGAUCUAUGGACACCGGAUAAUAACGCCACCGUUGAAGGGCGCAGACGUCACGCUUACCGGAGAGUGUUUCCGAUCAUCGUGGGUACGUACAUGAUCAUGUCGGCCGUCCUGAUACCGAUGGGCUUCAUGUUCAUGUCCACACUGGGCGGAAAAGCGCUGUUGGUCAGCAAAAUGGCGCUAAUGGUGUCACUGAUGAGCAACAUCAAAAAGAUUUUCUCGUACGAGUACUACGUGCCACCCGCACCAGCGGCCAGUCAUCACCAUUGGAAGCGGACACUGCUGGCGCACCGCACCACCGCCGGUCCGCUGUACUCGUCGUACACCGCGUAUUGAAGUCGCAAUGAUACCACAACACGCGCGAUCGAAAUUGGCCGUUCGCAGAAUAUAAGCCCAUCCAGAAAUCGUCCCCUUGAAUUUAUGACAGUCUAUAUUAUACUAUGAUAUUAUGUCACCCGAAACGAGUUUAUGUGACGAUUCACCAUAAUUUAUAUACCUACCUAUAUUAUUUUAUAUUAGCCAUAGAUACUAGAUAGGUUUGACUUAAAAUAUUGUACGUGUUAUUUAUUUAAUUUAUUGUCAAUAUAAUAUUAUGUAGUAAACGGAUCUUGCAUUGAACAUGAUGACGUUUGAUUGAACCAACCCCAAUAUAUAGGUACUUGUUUUCGUUUAUUUUGUUAAACACCUAUCUGACUAAAGUGGCCACGUGCUUAUUGUAUGUACCCAUUUAAACUGUGACAAAAUUAAUCUUUUUCAAAUGGUCGAUGAACAAACUGCGUUACAACACCAAUAUGGUACAUUCCGACGUACCAUAAAUUGGUUACCUGAGUAUUGUGCAUAACAAUCAUAGAGUAAACUACGAUGAAAUAUUAUGCACUA